AUGGCCCGGACUCGACUCCGCCGUGCGUGCGUGGGGUGCCAGUGGACCGUGGUGGUGGUGGUUAUGAAAACAUUGAACGAAACGUUGAGGGGAGGAUGUAGGGGCAAAAGACUUGGAGAGCUCUCGGAGAGAGAGAAAUCUGUCACCAACCGCAUAUCCAACUAUCUGACGGGCGCCCCGCUGCCAGCCAGGUUGGCGAAGUUGACGGUAGCUAAUCAUGUCUACGCCCAGAAGAUGCGAGCUGCGGCGAAGCGGGCCAAAGCGUCACCCCCCUCCACGCUCCGCGUUCAGCGGCCCGUUGGCUUCGGCGGCCGCUGA